UUCACAUACUCACGUGACUUCCAAAAACUGUAUUUAACAUUUGAGUUGUAUUUGAAUAAUGUUUUCAAAAUACUUAUGCUAGUGGUAUGUUACAUGCAUCGAGUAUAAACUGAUCGGCUGGUUUUUGAAAAGUUAUUGUCAAAUAAACGGACAUAUGAGAAAAAUUAGUAAUAAGAUUAUAGUAAUUAGUAAUUAUCAAAAAUGUAUUACAACACACGUUUUCUAAUGUGAGAAAUGACUUUAUUAACAGAAUGUUUUAACGUUGCUUAAAACUUUCACCAGCAAAACUUAAUUAAAGCACGCGGUCUAUGUACUGAAAAUAUUAUCAUAUAACAUCAGAAUGAUGAGAAAAAUAGGUAUUGCUGCGAUUAUAUUUGAUACAUUUAUGUGCUGUGUUACCGGUGCGAGUUUAAAUGACACAAAGACUGUUACCGGUGCGAGUUUAAAUGACACAAAGACUUUGCUACGGGACUUGCUUAACAGUUACAACAAAAACGUGCGACCUGUACACAAUCAGAGUGAAAUUGUCAACGUCACUGUUCAGCUAUACGUCAAGUCAAUUCAGGAGUUCAAUGAAGUCAGCGAAGUGUUCUCCGUUGUGGCUGGUUUUGCAAUAAAGUGGAAGGAUGAAAGUAUGAAAUGGAACCCAGCGAAUUACGGAGGUGCGUAUCAAAUGUUGACUUCCUAUGAUGACGUGUGGGUGCCAGAACUUAUCCUGACGUCGCCGUCAGACGACGUCGAGAGCCUUGGGGCGGCAUGGAAUCGCAUUAGGUAUUAUGCCGAUGGAACCGCUGUUUGGAUCCCUGUGAAGCUGGUGAAGUCCACGUGCACCGUCGACGUCGAAAUCUACCCGUUUGAUACACAGACGUGCACGCUCUCAUAUAGUGCUAUGGGGUACGAGCUUGGUGAAGUAUCCAUACUACCAGAGACGGAAGAAGUUGACAUUACGUUAUUUUCUGAGCACCCUAUGUGGGACCUGGUCGAUACCACAGCCACGUCCGAAUCGUUUGGGUAUAGUUCGCAAGUGAGUUUUAGUUUCAAACUCAAGAGAAGACCGGCAUAUGUCUUUGUGAAUGUGGUAUUACCUAUUCUGUUCCUGAGCGUCCUGAAUCUGUUGGUGUUCCUUUUGGUGCCGGAGUCCGGCGAGCGGGUUUCAUACUGUAUUACCGUUCUCCUUUCUAUCGCGGUCUUCAUGACCAUAGUAAGCGCUAUGUUACCCAGGACCUCGAAACCCGUUCCGAUCGUUUCUUACAAACUUAUUGUAGAUAUGGUUAUUAGUGCGGUGAUUACUGUUGUGGCCAUUCUUAACCUUCGUAUCUACAGCAAGGAUCCAGAAAUUCCCGUUCCAAAAUGGCUUAUUGGUAUUUACCGGUUUUGGACAUGCGCCGUUUUUCGAAAGCGAAAAACAGAACCAUUGGGAAUGAGAAAGUUAUUUAGGAAAACAUCAAAAGCGACCAGAAUACAAACGGUGAAAACUAUCUCUGAAGCUGAAAAUGAGAAUGAUAUUAAGAGACGACUGUCAGAAUUAAUUGAUGAAGAACAGAUUACGUGGAAGAAACUAAGCUACAUGGUCGACGGGGUUGCUUUCUGUUUGUUUGGUCUUGCAACACUUUGCAGUUUCGCUGUUUUCCUUGCUAUUGUUACAAGUCGCGGCAAUUAAACAACAACAUAUUGCAGACCUGUGUUAACGUGGUUAUAUAAUAAGUAUUUAAGAAGCAGCAAAUGCUUGUGAUUAUUCCUCACGAAGGUUCAUGGCAAUUUAUUAAUCUGGCAACAUUGUUAAUGACUAUAUUACUUUGAAAAGAGAGUAUGUUUUUAAAUUUCACUAAAUUUGGCCAGUUUGAUCGAAGACAAUAUUUUGUUUGGACAUCUUUAUAGAUUGAGCAAGUAAGAAAGAAGUGAUAAUCGGAGUCAACAGCGUUUGCAUUACAUAGUCUACAUGUGCGUUGAUCUCUUGGUUUGUUAUUAUAUCUACCAGUCUCUAUAUCCAAUUUAUGGGCGCUAAGUCUAACUCUUGAUAAAUGAUGUGUGUGAUUUUUCCUAUUGAUGUUGUCUAAAUAUUUUUUCAUACGCGAAUUCAGUCUUAGACAUUCUAUAGUAUUCUAGUUUCGGUAGGUUAUAAAUUGUAUCGUGCAUCUUUUGAAUACGUUGGUCUUUUUAUCAUUAGACUAAUUAAAGUUAUUGAAUACAAAUCGUGUCCUAGAUGUGCUUAUUGUUGUUUUUUGUUUGUUUUGUUUUUAACAAAUUCACAACACAGAGAUGAGUUAUUGAUAUUAUUAUUCCUAAUUAAUUAUUUGCUGAAAUUAAAUUGUUCGUUACAAAAAGUGCCCAUAAGAGAUUCAGGAUUUUGUUUUAUUUUAACCCAAUAGCUAAGUGUCCGUUGUUUUACAUAUAGUAGAAAGUGGAACUCUGCCUAGUUCGCCUAAGAGAGCGGCACACCAAGAAUAGUUUUACAAAAUUUAAAAUGAAGUUUGUGAACUUCAUCA